AUGACGACGACCGCAAGCACGCGCGACGCCGCCGCGUCUGAGCCUCUGUCUCGUCCAGCAGCGCCUUCACCACCAGUAUCAGAAGCUGAUACGUAUGUACUGCGAACGUUUGCCGUCCUCCUCUGCAGCAGGUGCCAGUUCCUCGAGUUCCCAGGCUGCGACGUGCAUGGCUCGCUCUAUACCGAGCAGCUCGUCGAACCGGAUGGAAAGCUCCAGGCCAAGUGUCCAAGCUGCUCGGCAGCUACGAACAACGCGCGGCCAUUUCGUGAUGGCUGUCGACGGUGCAAAGCGCCCACGACUGUAUCCAUGUGGUGCUGCUCGCUACAGGAGGUGCAGCAAGCCAUGAAGGCCUUCCCCGUAAUGACUGAAGCGAUUGCGCAUACAGUUCUCACGUGUGAGCGCUGUUUGAGUGCCAUUUUCCCUCGACAUCGUGACGUUCUUACGCUUCGCACUGAACUGGAGCCAUUGACAGCAGUAGCUACUGGAAUGGCGCUGAAUGUGGCGAAUUUCCAGCUAAGUAUGCCUCAUGUAGACGGCUGUUGCCGAAGGCAAAUGCCGCUACAAGCAGUGGCUGUGCAGCUGCCGAAGAGUGAGUUGAAGUUUGCAUUUGAGAGGAUGGAGAGGUGUCCAAUUACACCAAGACUCACAAGCAGUCCACGGUAUCGAUCGAGACCAGUGGAGAUUAUCACACAACAGAACCAUCUGCAUCAGGUUGCGAUUCGGUUGCUGUCAACUGUCAUUGAUACGUUCGAUCCGAAUUCAGCGACUGCUGCAAGGCCUCUUCGGCAGGUUGUUGCAAUGUUCGGGAAGAUGGAACCGCUUGCUUUAUUUUCAGAAUGGUCGCCGCCUCGUCAGCUUUCAGAAGAGAAGGUGUUUCCGACGACGAUUACUUCGAGCUCCGAGUUUGACGAGCAGCACGUGGCCUCGAAAAUACUGGAAAGCGACUCGGGCUACUGGAGAUCGGUUAGCAAACCCGAUGAGAGUGCUCUACAGUCAGCCGAAUGGAUUGUGUGUCAGUUUAGCUCCGCGGUCACACUUUCAUCGAUCGAGCUGAAGUGGCGUGCAGGCUUUCUACCCGACUACUUUUCGCUCAGUGUUUCGAGAGAUGGCGUGUCGUACGACACCGUGGCAGUAGUGGUAAUAACCAAACAUGAAAGCCGGAUACUGGUACCAAAGGGAAAGCUGGUGACCUCAAUCAAAAUAACGAUGUUUUCUUCCGACACGGGUGGCAAAUCGUUUGGACUUGAUUCAAUCGAUUGCAAGGAGGCAUCGUUCGACUCAGCGUACACCCCAACUGGGGUGGUGCUGCGAAAUGUCCAGCGAUGGCUUUAUGAUGCAGCGAUUUCCUCUUCGUCUGAAGUUCGGGAUCUUGCUGUGCAAGCUUUGCAGAGCCUUUUGCUCGCAUCGGGUUCUCUUUGUGGGCUUUUGCAGCUAGCAACAUGCCUUUUGCUCAAUACGCGAGUAGGAUCCACCACCGCGACUGCUGGCAUUGAGAAACAAACGUGGAAUCAACUAGAUAUACUUUCUGAAGAAGGACAAUCUUCUGCGCAUUCGUUCGUGCAAAAGUUGGCGGCCUCAAUUCAGCGUAUUGUCAUUGGGGGUCAUUCGCAAGUUGAAAGUCUAGACAAGUGCUACGUCGAAAAGUUGUUCUCGCUGCGAAGAGAAAUCUAUGGUUCGGAACGCAAGCUGUCAAACGAGGAUGUUUCGUGUGGCAAUGAUCCGCCGGCUUCUUUGAUUGCUCUGCUAGUUAAGCAGCAAUUCGGCUCGAAACUAAUUGAGCGCAGGUCACAGUUAGGUAUGAUUGUUUUGCACAUGUUGAGCGAACUAUCGGCUUGGCAACUGAAACGUAUGCAGAAGGCCGAGGAAUCCACUGGUGAGCGGGAGUUUGAUCCAUUGCAGCUUGAAGAGCCAUAUUCGAUGGAAGUUUGCCCCGAGUUGUUCGCUAUUUCACAUCGGUUAUUGACGGGUGUACUAGCCCGUUGGCUUUCAGUUCCGCAACAGGAUCGAGUCUCUGCUUGUUCCAAAAAGCAGGUGGGGGUGGAAAACGGUGAAGGUGUCGCAAACGAAAAUGACGAUGAGGAAUAUAACUUUCAGAAUCUAUAUGAUGCCUUGGCUUCGUCCUUUGGGCGUUUUCGGGUGGUUCUCGAGAAUCAGGGUAAUCAAAGUGGAAUCGACUCAUCUCAGGGAGAAGUCAAUCGAGUGUGCUCGGACAACUCCAAGUUUUCACCUGAUGGACUGUGCGUUACCGUGCUUGAGAUUAUCACAACGAAUCUUCGGCGCUUGGUUCUUUCCAGAAUUAAUCCGAUCGAGAUUGGAAUAACGCCAUCUCUGCCUCACAACGGGGACGAUUCUUUGACAGCACCUCCAGCGUUAAACCCAACCAUGGCUUUGCUAGAGCAGCUAAUCUCACUUGGAACGAAACGUAGCGACGUAUUCUUUCCUUUGUCAUUAAAAGCCGCUGCGGCUAUGGAAGUUGGUACCGACGCGUUUCACCCGUCAGCUCACCAGCGUACGAAAGUGCUAGCGUUGUGUAUGGGGAAGGGAGCGACGCUGGAAGUGCAAGUACGCUGGCCUGUUCGAGAACGCGAUCAAGAAGAUCCACGCUACGAGAGACUCAUUUUGAUGCUACAACUUGAAUGCAUGAAGCUGGGGUUUCGGCACGCGGUUCGAGGAAGUUGGCACUUCUUCAUGCACUUGGUAAUUGAUAUGCCUUCCGUCCAAGAUACGGGUAACGUGCUAACGCAGCACUUCGCUUCGUGCAUUCAACGUGCGGGAUUCUCAUCGUGGCAAGUGGCUGCAGGCGCGCAGGAACUUCCCAUUAAUCUACAACGGCACCUUCACUGGAAUCGUGAGGAGAAUAUGUCUCAACACUCAGGAGCCGGCUGGAUUCGUGUGUAUCCUGCAGGCGUUGCCGCGUACGAUGAAGUGCUGACCGUGGUUGAUGAAUAUCUCGCAAAGCAUGCCGAGUAG